AAGACUAAUCCAGAGCUUUAAAGAAAUCAAAUCAAAAUAUAGACAGACAACAAUGCCUUUCUUUUCUAACUCAGAAAGAAUAGUCUUACUUACACCACUAUAAAAUACUAGUAGUAUUACAGGAGGAUGACCAGGAAUACCCUCCUCUUCUUCCUUCCUGUAAUUCACUCUUACCUGUCCACUGGUUUAAGCCCCCACCUACACCCCCACCACUUACUAGACUUUCCCCACUUUUCUCCUCCUCCCUCUGCUUCUUCAUUCACCAAAACCAAGAACCCACAGAACAGCAGAAAAGGAGAACUCGAGGAUACAAACAGUGAAAAAAAUUCAGCUCAGAAGAAACCCAAAGAGGAAGAGAGAAACAAGAAAACAAAGAAAGCAAGAGAAAGAAAAGGGAGGAAGUGAUAAAAUGGGUAUAUGGAUAUCAAAAUUUCUACUGGUUUUGAUUCUAGCAACAUGGGUAUCAAAUACAGUAUCAUCAGAUCCAGAUGAUGAAUCAUGUCUAUCAAGACUUAAAGAAUCAUUACAAGACCCAACUAAUCGUCUUAGAAAUUGGACAACAACCAAUUUCGCCAACCCUUGUAACGGUUUCACUUCAUAUCUUCAAGGAGCUACAUGUAACAAUGGAAGAAUAUACAAACUAUCUCUUACUAACUUACAACUUCGUGGUUCAAUUUCUCCAUUUCUAGCUAAUUGCACAAAUCUUCAAUCACUUGAUCUUUCCUCAAACCUGAUAACAGGACCCAUUCCUGAUGAUAUUCAGUUCUUAGUUAAUCUUGCUGUUCUUAAUCUCUCUGCUAAUCGACUCACUGGUAUCAUCCCACCUCAACUCGCUUCCUGUGCGUAUCUUAACAUCAUAGAUCUGCAUAAUAAUCUGUUAACGGGUUCAAUUCCACAGCAAUUAGGGGGUUUAGUGAGAUUGAGUUCAUUUGAUGUUUCGAAUAAUAAGUUAUCAGGUCCAAUUCCAGCUUCAUUAGGGAAUAGAAGUGGGAAUUCACCGAAGUUUAAUGCAACUUCAUUUAUGGGUAAUAAAGAUGUUUACGGAUAUCCAUUACCACCAUUGAAGACUAAAGGUUUAUCAGUAAUGGCUAUUGUUGGUAUUGGUUUAGGAAGUGGAUUUUUAAGUCUGGUUCUUAGCUUUACUGCUGUUUGUAUUUGGUUAAGGGUUACUGAACAACAAGCUGUUAAUGCUGAAGAAGGAAAAGUAUCUCAGUUUAUGCCCGAGUAUUGAAGACAAAUUUAAGCUCUAUUUCCCCUUCAGGUAUUGAUUUUGAUUGGAGUUACUAACCUAAACCGAAUUCUAGUUUGAUGGGUCUAUCUAGUUUUUUUCUUUCUUUCUGGUUUUACUGAUUUGUGGAUGUUUUUUUUUGGGUUUUGAUUAAUAUUUUUUGUACUUAAAUUAACAUGCAAUGUAAAACUAAUUCACAUUUGAAUUCCUAAUGGAAUGCCUACUCUGUCUACGAAUUGAAAA